AUGCCGACCGACGACGGCGCGCUCACCGUGGCCAUGUCCAAGGGCCGCUCCGCCUCCAUCUGCGCGCCCGGCUUCUCCAGCAUGGAGGCCGUGGCCGCCGCCGCCGCAGCCGCGGCCGCCGGCGGGGGCGGAGGCAGCGGCAGUGGGGGUGGCGGCGGGACCCCGGUGGCCGGGAGGCGGCGCCGGCCCGCAGCCCGGUCGCAGAGCGCGCGCCUCACCGGCGGCAAGUCCGUGCGGCGGCGAGCGGCCGCGGGGGCGGCCGGGGGCGGCGGCGAAGGCAUGCGGGGCGGCGUGAGCGAGCCGCGCCUCGCCGGACACGGGGCGGAGGGCACGCCGCCCCCGGCGCCGGGGCUGGGGCUGCCCGCCGCCGCCACCCCCGAGGCGUCGCCCGGCUUCCGCAGGCGCGGCUCGAGCCGGCGCUCCGUGCACCACGGCCACGGCCACGGCCACGGCCACGUGCAGCAGCAGCCGCCGCCCCGCAAGUCCGCCGCCUACCUGGACGUUCCCGACGCGCUCGGCGGGCCGCUCGAGGGCGAGGACGACGAGUCGUACCGCCUGCGCUCAUUCAGCCUCACCUCCAAAGGUAGGCGCCGCCGCCUGUGCAUCUGGCAGACCUACUCAAGGACGCCGUGUUCCCUCAUGUCGGAGUAA